AUGCUCCGCAUGGUGAGCAAUGUCGACCUGCGCAAGGUCUGCAAUACGGUCAUUGCCACGAUUGUUGAGCACAUACCUGCCAAGGGCGAGCUCACUGUCCAGAGGUGCGAGACUGCGCGGCUUGUCGAGCACUGGGGGCUGCUCAUCAACCAGAUUGGCGGUGUGGGCCUGGCGGAGACUGUAGAAAUCCUCCAGUACCAUUGGGUGAACAACUUUAGCGCCACCACGAUGUUCACCGUCUCUGGCUUCAAUUUCGUGUCCAUCACGCUGACACUGCCAGAGAUGGCGCAGAUCUACGUGACAAAUGUGACUGUGAAUGACAUCCUGCAGAAGUCGAGAGAGGAGACAAGGAUUGCUGCAGCAUAG